UUAGUGGAGCUCCGGCCUCUGCGCGCCAAGUUUGGGUUUCCCCCGGACGUGGUGUGUCACGUGGUGGGGAGGCUGGUUCCCGGAGCACGUGCUGGGCUGUUAGGACAGCCCGCUGCGGGGUUCCGGCUGGUUGUGUUGCUGUGGUCACUUUCCGCGCGCUCUCCAGGAAUUCGGCGAUCCACCUGCCUCUGCCUCCCUAGUGCUGGGAUUAAAGGCGUGCGCCACCACAACGCGUUUAGUCCCUUUCGUAAAGACCAGAGGAACAGGCGUUUAAGGCCAGCUCCCGCUACCAAGUGAACUGGAGGCCACCCUGCACCAAGGGUUGAAACCUUUUCACAAAAUCCACGCUCCUAAUACAAGGCAACUCUGAACCAGUGCAAUGGCAGACAGGGAUGCUACCCUGUGGGCUUCUCAUGAGAAGAUGUUGUCACAGCCCCUCAAGGACAGUGAUGCCGAGGUUUACAGCAUCAUUAAAAAGGAGAGCAACCGGCAGAGGGUCGGAUUAGAGCUGAUUGCCUCGGAGAAUUUUGCCAGCCGAGCUGUGUUGGAGGCCCUGGGAUCUUGCUUAAAUAACAAAUACUCUGAGGGCUAUCCAGGCCAAAGGUAUUAUGGCGGGACUGAGUUCAUUGAUGAGCUGGAGACGCUGUGUCAGAAGCGUGCAUUACAGGCCUACCAUCUGGAUCCUCAGUGCUGGGGUGUCAAUGUCCAGCCUUAUUCAGGCUCCCCUGCAAACUUUGCUGUGUAUACUGCCCUGGUAGAGCCCCAUGGGCGAAUCAUGGGCUUGGACCUGCCAGACGGUGGCCAUCUGACCCAUGGCUUCAUGACAGACAAGAAGAAAAUCUCUGCCACUUCUAUCUUCUUUGAAUCCAUGCCUUAUAAGGUGUACCCAGAGACUGGGUACAUCAACUAUGACCAGCUGGAGGAGAAUGCCAGCCUCUUCCACCCGAAGCUGAUCAUCGCAGGGACCAGCUGCUACUCCCGGAACCUGGACUACGCACGGCUGCGGAAGAUUGCAGAUGAUAAUGGGGCGUAUCUCAUGGCAGACAUGGCACAUAUCAGUGGGCUCGUGGCAGCUGGGGUGGUGCCCUCCCCCUUUGAACACUGCCAUGUAGUGACCACUACAACCCACAAGACCCUGAGAGGCUGCCGUGCUGGUAUGAUAUUCUACAGAAAGGGUGUGCGCAGUGUGGAUCCCAAGACUGGCAAAGAGACUUACUAUGAACUGGAGUCCCUCAUCAACUCUGCUGUGUUCCCAGGCCUUCAAGGGGGUCCUCACAACCAUGCCAUUGCUGGUGUUGCUGUGGCCCUGAAGCAAGCCAUGACUACAGAAUUCAAAAUCUACCAGCUCCAGGUGUUGGCCAACUGCAGGGCUCUGUCUGAUGCACUCACAGAGCUAGGCUACAAAAUAGUCACAGGUGGCUCUGAUAAUCACUUGAUCCUAAUGGACCUGCGUUCUAAGGGUACUGAUGGUGGAAGGGCUGAGAAGGUACUAGAAGCCUGUUCUAUCGCCUGCAACAAGAACACCUGCCCAGGUGACAAGAGUGCGUUACGGCCCAGUGGACUGCGACUGGGGACUCCAGCAUUGACAUCCCGAGGACUUUUGGAAGAAGACUUCCAAAAAGUAGCACACUUUAUCCACAGGGGGAUAGAGUUGACACUGCAGAUUCAGAGCCACAUGGCCACGAAGGCCACACUGAAAGAGUUCAAAGAGAAGCUGGCAGGAGAUGAGAAGAUCCAGAGUGCUGUGGCAACUCUCCGGGAAGAAGUGGAGAACUUUGCUUCCAGAUUCUCACUACCUGGCCUUCCUGAUUUCUGACAGAGUUAGCACAGCCUGUGUUUGCCAAGAGGGUAGGAUUGUUCCAGGACCCUGUGAACCCUCUGCCCUCUUGAGGCUGAGAAGUGGACCACUAAGCUGUACCAUGCUUUGGUGGGUGUUUCGGUUUACCUGCUUUCAAAUCUUUUGGGAACAGGUUAUUAAGGACUUGAAAUUUGAAACGUUAUGUAGCCAUUUGAUCUCUUCGCUCAUGCAUGUGAGGCAAAGCUAUUAAAGAUUCCAGAAUUGUCCUCUC